AAGCCAGAUUCGAUAUUAAUGUGAAGGAGAUUUGCAAACUUAGGGUGGACCGACGCGAUGGCUGAACCAUAGGAUCGAGAAAGGCCAACCAAUCCCAGUGAUAAAGGAUGUAUUUGAGAGCCACAUGUAAAGAUAGACCCAUUGGAUGAGUUUGGAAAAUAUGAGCGAGGAGGAGUACAGUCCUCCUAAAUUGCCUCGGUUGGAUGAUUUAUUUUCCGAUAUACUACCACCGGUGUGGCCCCUUUACGGUGAGCAGGCUGAAGCUUUAGGAAGGAGUUAUGCUGAAAAAAUAAUUCAUCAGCUGCCAUACAAUGGAAAAGUUGCCAUCCUGGCAAAUAAAUGGAGAUGGGAGUGGGGUUCUUGGGAAUUCAACUCAAUCCUCGCAAAAGAGUUGUCCCAACAACUGGCAAAAUUCCCUUAUGUGAAAGUCUCUGUCAUGGUCCCUGAAGGUUCAUGUGAGGAACUUGACAAGAGAAAUGCUGAAAGUCACAAUGUUACCAUUGUUGAAGCAAAAAAGCUACAUGGAUUCCAAAAUCCUAAUGACUGGCUGUACUUCUUACCAAAAGGCCUCACUACAGACAUUGUCAUUGGUGUGGGUGAGAGACUUUGUAAAAUGGCGCAAAUAUUUAAGGAACUUCACCACUGCAAAAGUAUUUUUGUUGGUUGUGAUUCUUUUGAAGAAAGCUUCUCUAGAGAUGCAGAAUUAAGAGAUGCCCAGGCUAAGAUGGAAGAUGAAUGCCUAGGAAAAAGCAAUGUUCAGCCUAUGAUGCAAAUGGCUGAUCUUCCAGUUGCUGUUGGACCAAAGAUAGCUGACACCCUUUCUGUUUCCCUCUCUCGUCAAGGAGAAGAAGUUUUCAAGUUGACUCCAGGUAUACUCAGUGAAUUUGCUGAUGUCACACAAACCCUUUGUGAUAGGAAAAAGUUUCGUAUCAUGGUGGCAGGUCAUGGCCACCCCAGGUAUUUUUACAAAGAAGAACUUGAAAUUGUUGCAAAAGCAGUUGCUGGGUUGAAGGACAGAUCCUAUGAGAUUAUUUUAGUUGGUGCUGCUAAAGGAGAACAUAGGGGAUUUAUUGAGAAAUUUCAUGAAUGUGGUGUAUCCAAAUAUCAGCUGAUCAUUCGAAGCCCUCCAAAAGAUGAAGAAGAUAUGAAAAGGUGGCUCUGUGAAGCAGACCUUGCCAUUGCGCCCUCAGGUGAACAAGGAUUUGGAAUGUUUGGUCUUAUAGCCUUGUCAUCUGGCCUCCCUAUCCUGGUACAUGGUGCAUCAGGACUUGGUGAAGCCUUGGAAGAUGUCGCUGGUGGUUGGUCAUCCAUUGUGGAGUCAGAGGAUGUCACUGUGUGGUCCGAGGCAAUUAAGAAGGUCAGGAACAAAGUUAGGGAAGUACGACUUGAAGAGGCUGAUUCACUACGCAAACAUUACAACGAGAAGUACAGUUGGGAGAAACAGUGUGAAGCUCUUGUCAAGGAGAUGCAGAAGAUGGCUUCUGCUCAACAAGGCAAGACCCAGUAACGUGGAAUCAGAGUGAAUGCAUUGCUCAGCCAAACAAGACCAAACACCCUUAUCCAGCAUGAGAGGGUGUGAAAUGAACAAUUAUGUAUUCAUUUAUUAUUGUAAGGCAUCUGCAUGAAACUUAAGGAUAUAGAUGUAGUACCUCUACUUUAAAUGAGUACUAUAGGAAGCUCUAAGCACAUGUACUUUGGGUUGAUAAACAGUGUCCAUUGUCAACACCCAGAGAGGUGUGCUCUUUUACUCAACUUCAUUAAGGUUUUUGCAAUUGAUAUAACAGAAGCCUAUAGAUGGAGGCUUUUACAUGUACAGUAUAUUCACUUCAGAAAAAGUUGGCAGAUUCUAGUUUAUUGUUCAAUGUUUUAUCUAUCCUAAAAGUAGGCUGCAGUAUUCCAGGUGGGACAGUAUGUAGGUCUUGUAUAGCAACAGUUCAACACAACAGCUAGGCACAAGCUUUUUUGAAAAUAUCUGAGGACUCCAAUUUUGGCUUUGUCAAUUAUGAUAACCAGAGUUAACACUCAGAUAGGUAAGCAAAGAACACUUUUACUAAACUUUGUUUGUAAUGUAUGUGCACUCAAUUAUCAUCUUAAAAUAAGCUUGGAAGCUGGGGAUCUCAUAGUUAUUUCAGGACUAGUGAGUUUCCUUCUCUGGCUUGACUAUCAUAACUUGUUGCUUGUAUGGGCCAAAGGCAGACUAAUUCAAGAAUAGAUACAUAAUUUCAGAUAAUGAGCUGAUAACUUCCCAUCGUGUAGACUCCCUGAUUUACACAAGGAGGGCUAUGGUAGUAAUCAUCUCCCUCUCUACCACCUUGGGAACAACUUCAAUUCUAACAUUCAAGUUUAAUCUGUGAAAUUUUGGAAUAGAAUGCGUGUUGAUGAUUCAGUUAGUUAGGGAGGCAAUUAAUUGUCAUAUGUUGUAUUCCUAUCUAAACUAUUUUCGAUGUAGCCUGUUCCACUCCCUGAGUCAGUGGAGGCAUGUAAAAGAAUGGGCAAAUAACUAACAACGAUUGUGGUUAUCAGAACAGACCCAAGACAAUUUUUGCUUGUUUGUGUUAGCCCACAGCCUGGCUUUUUUUUCACAGACAAUUGGUACUAAAGUUGCCAAUAUUUAAUGUAACUAAGUUAUGCUGUAUAUAAUUUCCUUGGUGUUUUUUCCUUUCUAAUCAGAAAACUUUUAAAGAAAUCAUUGGAUUUGUAUUUGACUUCCUCCAGUGAAUGGAAAGCUAUCAUGAAUACUUUCAAUGCUUUCUCUGUUCCACAGACAUCAAAAACUUGCUUUGCUUCCCAGCAUUUAAAUUGUGUUGGAGUAAGAGAACCCACAAAUGCAGUAAAAUAAUAAUGAUAUUAAUACUGAUAAGAAUGAUAAUGAUCAUUGUAACAACUUUAUAUCAGCACAUUUAUCAGGUGUCUCUUCAUCUGAAAUAUUACUACCCACCAGGAGUGUUUAACAUUAUGAUAAUAAAACUAUAAUUAAAUUUGAGAGAUUAAAUUUAAUUAAAUUUAGGAGACAAAGAAAUGUUCAUUAAUUAAAUUGUGUCAUUUUAAGGCCCCAUAAGUGACAACAUGUGUUGCUAUCUCCCCACAAUCACAAAAUGAAAUGGUGAUGGUGUGUAAUUAUAAUAAAUGGCAGGAAUACUGAAAAGAACAGUAAUGUAUUAGAUAAGAUUCCCAAUUUUGA